UAGUAUAGUUUAUUUUAUCGCAAAUAUUGUGCAAGCAUAUGUAUCUACCCGCAUACAUAUUUACAUAUUUAUAUUUGAAAGUAAAUUUUAGUACAAGGUGUAAAAGAAUAAAGCCAUCAUAAUCAUCGAGAGCACUACAAAUAAAUAUGAAGACCUGCCCUAUCAAAAAUAAAUUUCCGUUCUGAAAAAAUUACACAGUUUCAACUUAUUGAGCAAUGGAUUGACCUAGAGUGAAAUUUUAUACAUUAUUUUAUCAUAUUUUGACGGAUGACGAACGAACUACAUUUAUGGAAAGUGGUGUUUUUAUAAAGUAGUCUGAAUUAUGGAUGAUUUCAACAAAAAUCUCCAGAUCGAAAUUCCCGUGAAGCUUGGUGCAAGUUCAAGAAAUCAUAAUAUUCAAAGCUCUCGUUCAAAGUGAUAUGUAAAAUUAUUGACUUGCGUUUUUUCUGACGCUGUAGAAAAUUAACAUUUUCCGUUUGUUGCCAUUAUCCGGUUUGGUUUACUUGGCUUCACACCUGCAUGGAAAAACUUACAGCUUUAUUGUACUUGAAAAUAUUGGAAUCUCCUUCCUUCUUUUUAAAUAAAUAUGUAUACGUGCAGUUUCAAAUAUUCUUUUUACUGCAUUGACUAAUAAAUAUUUUUUUGACACUAGUUUUCAAUUCCACUUUAGUUACAAACUGCUUCUCAUGGUGAGAACACUGAUGGCCUUAAGUUUCCUAUCGAUCAAACCAAGUUUUGUCGCACUUCCUAAAUAGUAUUUAUAUAUGUAUUGAUUAUAAAAGUCAGAAACACUGCAUUGAUUAGAUAACCGACAACAGGGACUCACAAAUUAGGCGAAAAAUGGGCAAGGAUCUGAAUAAUAGUAAACCUGAGACUUCCCUACAAUUCAUCGACCAACUUCAAGCACUCAUUGAGACAAUCGGAAAUAAUGGCAGUGUUCAAUGUAUCUUGUGUAACGUGCAUAUUUUACAGUAUACGGUCCUUGCAGUAGCAUUGGCGUAUCUCUACUGGAAACUCUUUCAUCAACCCUAUGAUCUUUUUAUGGAUUUCACAGAGUUGGGGUUUGAGGAUGUUGAUAAUCCUGAGAAUAUCAGAAAUAAUACAAGUCGGAGAAACGCUAUUAAUGAGAUGCGUCGACGAAAGAAGAACCGGAAGCUGCCCCCUGCCUAUCCCAACGGCUGGUAUGCAGUUCUGGAGUCCAAGGUGCUAAAAGUUGGACAAGCUCGGGAGAUGUAUGCACUCGGAAAUAACUUCGUCGUCUGGAGGGGUUCGAGUGGGUGUGCCUACGUGGCAGACGCCUACUGUCCUCACAUCGGAGCACAUCUCGGGGUUGGAGGAGAGGUCCGGGGCGAAUGCAUUCAGUGUCCAUUCCACAGUUGGGCUUUCGAUGGAAAAUCUGACGGAAAACUCGUCUCCAUCCCAUACAGUGAUAAAUUGCCUGAGUUUGUCAAGAUUAAAAUGUGGAAGACUUUUGAAACUGAUGGAUUCAUAUUUAUAUGGAAUCAUGCCGAGUCCUUGGACCCUACUUGGCAUCCUGACGAGAUUCCUGAAAUAAAUUUAAACACCUGGUCUUAUCGAGGCAGAUCAGAGAUGAGAGUGGCGUGUCACAUUCAAGAAAUACCCGAGAACGGUGCGGACCCAGCACAUCUCAAUGUUCUGCACUCUGACUUAGUUUUGUGCGGUGACAAUCCCAAAGAAUCUUUUUUCUCCUGGAAUUUUAUCAAGCAUGUUUGGAAGGCUAAUUGGACACCAAACACGGAUGAUCCCAAUAGACGCCAUGAGGCAAUCGUGAAAGUUAAUCACCACAUCAUGCUUUUCGGUUGGCUUCCGUGCUUGAAGAUUAAUGUGGACAUUCAUCAGACAGGGCCGGGAAUCGUAGCACUUCAUUUUAACACUUUCCUUGGGAAAGCCGUCUUCAUCCAGACCGUAACCCCCAUAGAACCACUUCUCCAACGAGUGGUUCAUCAUUUCUACUCGUCCUCUUGGAUUAUUCACCCCUUGGCCAAGCUAAUUAUUGACGGGGAAGCGAAGCAGAUCGCUAGAGACAUUCGCAUAUGGAACAGAAAGUCAUACAUGCAUAAACCAAAUUUAACGAAGGAAGAUCAGACCAUUAAGCAAUUCCGGAGAUGGUUCUCUCAGUUUUAUUCAGAACCAAAAAAUAGCAACCUGGUUGAACUGACGUCUGAGCCAAACUACUUCUGCACGAAUGAUAGCAAUGCGAACAAGCUGACGUUUUAAAUGUUUAAAUGCAUAGUGAUGUUGUCCAGUAAGGACAAGAACUGUUUAAUUUUCAGCUAACCGUUUAUUUAAAAUUUCUUUUAACUGUAAGAAAAUGUCACCCUUAUAUUUUUGUUGUUUCUGUUCUAUCAACCCACAACCAACGUACAGGGAAUCAUUGACAUAAAACAAUAAAACGUUACAACAUGAUAAUCAUAGUUUAAAUCUUUCACUAAAAAGUUCUCGUUUAAAUAAAUUAACGCUGACAAAGUA